AUGGGUCUGGAAAAGCAAAUUGUUUCGUUGGAGACGUUUUUUAGACACGUCAAUUAUCCACUUCAACCUCUACAUUAUGAAACAAAGGUGGUUUUGGACACUUUUUUUGAAAAAGGAGGGUUUUUAAAUUUAUGUGACUUGACAUUUGCAAGCUAUGGUACAAAAGGACGUGCUGGUGGGGCGAGAAGUUUGUCAUGGAUGGACAUAGGGAAUUUAAAACCAAAUGGAAAAGAUGCUUCAGCACUUUUUCGGCUUUUGGCUCCCGGUGGUCAUUUGUGCAACUUAUUGGAAGCCGUUUCUCUUCCUUCAAAGGAUUUUGCAACCUGCUUAAAAAGGUCGUGGAAGGAGAAUUUGGCUGGGGAAUCAGAAAUUAAGUUUCCGUUUUACACCUUUGACAUACCUAUUUCUGCGUUGUAUUCAUUAUCGUAUGAAUUAUUGGCGGAAUCUGCUGAUACAAAUUGGUAUACUCUUUCUCGUUCCCGUUGUCCGCCCUUGUUUCUUAUUCCUUUUUGGAAUCCGCCCCUUGCAACACGUUUUGAAGCCGAACAUGGACAGGUGUUGACUUCUUUCCCAUGUUCUCCUCUUUCCUACUUCAUUUUGCGUAUGUUUUUUUAUCUUGUACGCAAAGUUGAGGAAAGUGGUGUUGAAAUGGUUUGUCUUCCGCGCUUAGAUACUGUGGGUAAAAGAGUUGUUUCGUGGCUUAAUAUUUUAAUGGAUUAUUUUCGAGACGUUCCUUGUGUGGAGUUGCCAUUAUAUCAUCGGCUUUUGACGGCAUAUAUUCAGUAUUUUGUAUCGUUUUCUUUUAUUGAGCGUCUAAGUUCUAAACGUGUCUUGGAAGAAGCUCAAUGGUCAACAUCGGAUGUGAUGGCCGCAUUGCUUCUUUCUGCACCAAACCUUCUAUUUAUGAAAGGUUUUCAUCGGCCAGAGCUUGAGAUUUAUAGAAAUUCUUGUAGAGAUGUUUUUUCUGCAGCACUUUUAUUUAAAAUAAUUCCAUUUUUGACUGAGUGCAUUCUUGCUCUUAGAAAAAGUGAUUCGGAAGAAUCUUUCGCAAAUAUGUCUAAAUACUCUAUUCUGCCUCAGAAAGAAAUGCGCCUCGAUUCUGCAGUUUCGUCAGCCUGGGAUAUUCUUUUUUUUGAUCUUUCAUUUUACCGAAACACUUUGAUUGCCCUUCGUCAAUCUUUGAUUUCUUUUGAGAAAUUUAGAGAUUGUAGGAGAGAGCACUUUAAUAAUUCGCUUGAACUUUGGUAUUUACUGAUUAAACCAAGUGAAAAUAAAGACGUACGAGAGACAUAUGUUGUUCAUCAUUAUGAGAUUUAUAGCUUUUUCCUCAUUGAUGUUUUUUCCAUGGUGUUGAAGAGCAGCUUUUUGGAUUCUAUCGAUGUUGCAGGUGCCUCUAUGUUGUUGCGAUGCUUUGAAGUGUUUUCUAUGGUUUCAAUAAGAAAUGUUUUUCAUGAAUUAAGCAGCAAUGAUACUUUUUCCCGAUCGAGUAUUUUAGAUAACAUAAUUCAAUACCUUACGUUAAAUUGGGCAGAUGAAGAUGGGGCAGUACAUAUUGUUAAGGUUUUUGGAAAAGAAAUUCUUGAAUUGGCGGCUGAUUUUUGUUUAGCAGUUGAAUCACGAAUAGAGAAGGGUGAUUUGGAUCAUGCGGUAACUUUCCAAUUAAAAGGUUUACUUGAUUUACUUUUAAAUGUAUUUGAGGGUUUGCAGCCGGUAGUGGAGAAAUGUCGACAGAUGCAUGCGACUUGUCGUAAGCCAAAUGCAGAUGUUCGUACUACUUCGGCACCUACUGAGAUAAAAAGAAAAUUGGAUACAGAAGGGGAAAAGGAACUUUUUUUUAAAGGAAUUCGACGUUCCUGUGGGUUUUCUGGACCGUUGAAUCUACGUUUUGCUACAGAAAAUGGACUUUUACCGGGCACUUAUUAUCCUACAGCGGGGACAAGUUUAGGCAACGAAUUUCCAUGUUUGCUUGCUGUAACAAGACUGUUAGAUGCAUUUUUUGAGAAACUUCUUGAAGUGUAUUACUCUGUAUGGAUACCUAAAUGUAGUAGGGGGCAUGGGAUGUGGUUACUUUCUUCAAGUAAUUUUGCGUGUAUAAAUCAUCCCGAAGAAUCUGCUGUAUGGGAAUGUGUUUUCUGUGAAGAAGUUUAUGGUGCUUGUUGCCGUUCCAAUCCUUAUGGACGGGAUGGGAAAAAAAUGGUUAGAGCAGAAAAUUCUCAGUCUGAUUUUAAAUUUUGUUCAGAAUGCUAUGCAUUUAUUCCGACGAAUACUGUUUUUUAUACUUUGUCGAUGUCAGGAACAGUUUUAUGUCCAGAGUGCGCUUCACGUCCCUUUAAAAGGAGAAGUUGUCGUUUUUUUGCUGCGUAUAGAACGUGGACAAUUAUUUGUAUAAGUUGUCUUUUACUUACGUUCUUCUAUAUCAUUUGA